AUGGAGAAUUUUUCCACUUUUAACUUUUUGUACUCCGGACUCGCCACCGACAGCACAAUGAUAUUACCACAGAGCGAGCCGUCAAUACACUCCUCUUUCAACGAGGCGGAUGGAGGACAUAUAUCUGUUAUCGACUCUUACGCACCAUUUUUCAACACAUACACUCAAUUUUCUCCAAUCAACCCCCAGCAACAAGCAUCAACAUUGGCAUCCACCCUUGAUCUCUCACCGCACCCUACAAUGGAGCCAUCUCCCAUGUAUUCUUUUCAAAACUUUGAGGCCAUCAACCCCUUGUUUAGGUUGUCUCCUGACUUUUCCCCCUCAUUGACUUCAGGACGUGUGUCAACUCCGGAUCCGUGCAGAAUCUUUCCUGAGGAUUCAUGUACAUCUGCAACUUAUCCACCGACCUUUUGUCAGGCGCCAUCGAGCAUGCGCCAAUCACAGUCGCUCGAAAACUUUGGUGAAUAUACAUCCGUGGACGUGACUGAUGGGCACCUAUGCUAUCCGCCAACUUCUUCCACGGGGGUAGCCCCUACAAAUGUGCAACAUGAUCGAUACGUCAAUAUCGCUCAUGGUGGGAUCUGGUUCGCCGACACAGAUCCAUCCACACAGGUGGCGAAAACCCUUACGAGGGUAGACACGGAAGAUAGAAAACAAAAACGACAGUUGCUUCCAACGCUUGAAAGCGUUGAACAACUGGUUUCGUAUUAUCUCCCUGGGAGUCAUGCUAGCCUCCCAGGGAGUUCUAGCAACAGUUUCCACUUCCAUAUCGGAGAAAAGGAAACACAUCAUAAAAACGGAUCCACGCAGUGGACAUCGAACCGCGAAGUGGGCUCCGGGGGCGACCCCGUUGAGCCUUUCGCUGGGCCCACACACAAAGAUGGAGGGAUGGCGAACCAUCUCUCCGCAACACGGAACGGCGACAGGCAAGUGUCCACCGCUUCCAGAUAUACUAGGAAGCGAAGGCUGUCAACGGCGGACAACGAUGGCAGCAAAUCCGCACCUGCCGCAAAACGUCCACGAAAGAGGUCGCCACGGGACCCUCUUCGGGACCAAAAGGCAGGAGAAGGCAGGGUCGCGAGGGCCCUGACGGCCGCACCGACUCGGAGGCCGCAUCGCAAGCCGGCCACACCGCGAUGCAUGGCUGGUGCGGUCUCGGAGGGGCAUGUGGUGGUGCAUGACCGUGAGCGCCACUCAAAGAAGGGGAAGGAACUCACCUUCCAGGUGAUGUCGGCCGUACAAAGGCCAUAG